AUGAUUUUAAUGAAUUUGUUUUUUUUUUCAUUAACAACAUUCAAAAUAGUGUUAGAUUUUUUUUUAAACUUUAAUCAAAUGUUUUUUAUGUAUAGUCCGUAUUCUAACUAGCUUGGCAUUAAUCCCUUUAUUUUAUCCCACACAACAUGACCAAAAACCGUGUACCUAGUCAAGGUUGGCCGAGACAUCUUAUAGCAUGAUCGUCGAAUCUCUGGACACCAAAUAACUAAUUUUUCUCAAGACUGAUUAUUAUGGGAGAGCCAUUACCAGAUGUUUCAAAGCACAAAGUUAUUAUUAUUGGUGCUGGCAUAGCAGGUCUUGCAGCAGCCACACAUUUGUCACAACAUAAUAUGAAUGAUUUUAUUGUGUUGGAAGCACAGAAUCGUAUUGGUGGUCGAAUAUGCUCUUCUAAAAUAAAUGAUCAGCAAGUCGAACUUGGGGCUCAUUGGAUUCAUGGUGUAUUAGGUAAUCCUAUGUAUGAAUUAGCCUUGGCGAAUGGUCUUGUGGAUAUUACUCACCGUCCAAAAUUACCCAAUAUUGUAGCAGCCACAACGGAUGGAACAAAAGUUCCUAUCCAAUUAUUACAAGAAACGUAUGAAGCGUAUAUGUGUUUUUUGCGGCGAUGUGAAGAUUACUUUACGGGGGCAUUUGAUCCACCACCCGGGAUUCACAGUGUCGGAGAACAUGUGCAGCUCGAAAUCGCAAUUUAUUUGGAUAAAGUACAAAAUAAUAAUGCCCGUAAAUUACAGCGAUUAAUUUUCAACUGUUUACUUAAGCGAGAAACUUGUAUUACUGGAUGUAACAAUAUGGUUGAUAUUGAUUUAGUUGAGUUAGGUAGUUACAAAGAACUGCAGGGCGGUAAUAUUGCACUGCCCAGUGGAUACAGCAGUAUUUUAGAUCCUAUUCAUAACAAGUUACCACCUGACUGUAUAAAAUUGAAUUCUCAAGUGACAAAAAUCAAAUGGCCAUCAGGCGUUGACAAUGGUACAGAUUCUGAAGAUUCUGAUAAGACUGUAAUUGAAGUAGGGGGUGAAGAUGUCACCAAUGAAACUGUGUACGUUCAUUGUGAUGAUAAGAUUUAUGAAGCUGACAGUAUUAUAUGCACACUGCCAUUGGGUAUACUCAAGUCCAAUGACAUUUUCUGUCCAAAACUACCAAAGUACAAAGAAAAAUCUAUUGGUAGACUAUUGUAUGGAGUAGUGGAUAAAAUUUUUUUAUAUUAUGAUCGGCCGUUUUUGAGUCAAGAUACUGAUGAGAUACUUUUACUAUGGGACAAUGAUGAAAUAGGGGAUUGGAGUGAAAAGAUAUAUAGUUUUUCAAAAGUUAAUGAUACAUUGUUGCUUGGUUGGUUAUCUGGGAAUGAAGCUGAAAUCAUGGAAAAAUUGGAUGAUAAAAUAAUUGGAGACAAGUGUACAGAAGUAUUGAGACGUUUUCUGAAUGAUCCCUGUAUACCAUAUCCAUCUAAAUGCAUGUGCACUCGAUGGAAAGCAAAUGAAUUCAGUCUCGGUUCAUAUACUGCUAUUGGAGUGGGCUCUAGUCAGUUAGAUAUCGAACACAUUGCAAGGCCAAUGCAUGUUAAUAAUAAUACAAUUCCUAUUAUUACGUUUGCCGGAGAACAUACCCAUCCAAAUUUUUACUCGACUGUUCAUGGAGCAUAUUUGUCUGGGCGUGCAGCUGCUGAAAUGUUGAUUGUGUGCAAACGUGAAGACGAACCACUCAAUACUACAGUAACUGACCUAAGUUCAUGGAUACAAGGCUUACCACUAGCGUAGUUGUUAAGUAUUGAUAUAGAAGUAUACACCGAACAAUUUUCCAACAAAAUUAAUUAUUGAUCAAGACUUUACCUUUAGGUCAUAUACAUAUAGACACAGAGUGUGUAUGUAGGUUUUUUGAAAAACAAUAUAAAUUAUAAUAAUUUGUGUUAUGUUCCGGAAAUAAAAAUAGAACUUUUUGACUUUUAAAUU